AUGAGAAAGGAAACAUAUCAUCAAAUUCGACGAAAUGUAAUUCAAAAUGGUGAAAUCAAGAAUAUAUGCAUCUGUCAUAUUGCUGUUCGUCGACUAGCCGAUCUUCUUUUACAUAAAACAAAUUAUGUUGAAAAUAAUAGUGAACAUUUAAAUUCUAUACUUGAACAUUUUCAUAUAAUUGAUGCACAAUGUCAAUCAUCACUCAAGACACUUGAGCAAAAUCGUGAACUAACUUCAUCAAAAAUGGUAGCACAAUUUACUAGAGAAUUAAAUGAAGUUGAAAGUAAAAAUGAUAAUAUUAUUAGCUCAACAAUGUUUACCAAGUCAUCGGAAGUUUAA